GACGAGGUUUGGUGGGCUAGUGAGGAAUGACGUCGCGAUUUAGGGUUCUUCAGGCGUGCCUCGCGUGUUCCUCGUGAGAUCUUCCAUCGCCAAGCUCAAUCGAGGGCAAGCCGCAGAGGAGGAGCUAUGGCGCCAGCGACGUCCCUGGAGAAGCCGGCCUACUACUGGGGCGACGAGAUCUCCCCGGACGACUUCUACGCGCAGCAAGGCGUGCGCCACGCCGAGUCCCACUACACCACGCCGCACGGUACGCUCUUCACGCAGUCCUUCCUCCCGCUGGACGCCGCCGCCGCGCCGCGCGCUCUCAUCUUCCUCACCCACGGCUAUGGCAGCGACAGCGGCUGGCUCUUCCAGUCCAUCGCCAUCACGCUCGCCCAGUGGGGAUUCGCGGCCUACUGCGCGGACCUCCUGGGCCACGGCCGCUCCGACGGCCUCCACGGCUACGUGUGGGACGUGGACGCCUUCGCCGACGCAAACCUCCGCUACUUCCACUCCGUCCGCGACAAGCCCGAGUUCUCGGGCCUCAAGAAGUUCCUGUUUGGCGAGUCCAUGGGUGGCGGCCUCACGCUGCUCAUGUGCUUGAAGGAUCCAAAGGGCUGGGAUGGAGUGAUCGUGACGGCGCCGCUCAUCGUCAUCCCGGAGCUCAUGCAGCCGUCGAAGCUCCACCUGUUUGGAUACGGGCUGCUGCUCGGGCUGGCCGAGUCGUGGGCGGUGAUGCCCGAGAACAACAUCGUGCGCAAGGCGAUCAAGGAUCCGGCGCGGGGGAAGCUCAUCGCGUCCAACCCGAGGAGGUACAAGGGGAAGCCGAGGGUGGGGACGAUGAGGAACCUGGCGAGGAUGUGCGAGUACUUGCAGAAGAAUGUGGAGAAGAUCGAGAUGCCGCUGCUGGCGCUCCAUGGGACGUCGGACGUGGUGGCGGAGACGGAGGGCAGCCGGAUCUUGUAUGACAAGGCCAAGUCGCAGGACAAGACGAUCAAGAUCUACGAGGAUUACUAUCACUCGCUGCUGCAAGGGGAGCCCGAGGAGGCGCGCGCGGUGGUGUACGGGGACAUCAAGCAGUGGCUGGACGAUCACUGCUAGAAAACCUCCGAGGAUGACGAAGCAUCUGUAGAAGUAUAUUCCUUGCCUGGAGAAUAUUCUAAGCAUAUUCGAUUUAUUUAAAAAUAAUUAAGGUUUCCAUUAGUUGCUCAA